ACUGAGUCAUUGUGUGUUUCAGGUUAUACGCGCCAUGGCCGUGACUAGCGUCAGACUGUUCACCAGUGUUUUAAGGAAACCAGAUGCGUGGAUUGGACUCUGGGGCAUGCUCCGAGGGACACCUUCAAACAAACUCUGUGCUUCCUGGAAUCAGUACUUACAUUUUUCUAGUGCUAAGCUAAAUGCAUCCAAUUAUAAAACUCUUUUCCAUAAUAUUUUCUCACUGAGACUCCCGGGGCUUUUCAUAUCUCCAGAAUAUAUAUUUCCAUUUUCCAUGAGACUCAAAAGUAAUAUAAGCUCUAAAAAGUCCACCAAAACGACUUUGCAAAAAGUAGAAGAUGAUGUGGACUCUGAUGAAGAGAGUGAUCGUAAUGCGACGCGUGAACAGGAAGAGGAGUUCGAAGAUGACCCCAGCGUGGCAAAAGACUAUAAAGACCUGGAAAAAGUAGUGCAGUCUUUUCGGUAUGACAUUAUCCUGAAGACGGGCCUAGAUAUUGGGAGAAACAAAGUAGAAGACGCAUUCUACAAAGGUGAACUCAGGCUGAAUGGAGACAAAUUAUGGAAGAAAAGUAGAACGGUGAAAGUGGGAGAUACAUUAGAUAUUCUCAUUGGAGAGGAUAAAGAAGCUGAAACAGAGACAGUGAUGCGGAUUCUCCUGAAGAAAGUGUUCGAAGAGAAAACCGAGAGUGAAAAACACAGAGUGGUGUUACGGCGGUGGAAACACUUGAAGUUGCCUAAGAAGAGCGUGUCUAAAUAAAUGGCUGCUUUUUAUAGGCAAAGCUGCUUUCGAGUGUUGGGGUAAGGGGUCAACUUAAAAAGAGGACUUUUUGUUGAAAUAAAGUUCUACCAUUUGUGGAACCCUCUGAGCCGUUCUGUAGAAAUUGAGGUCCCCAUCUGGGGACGCCUCCUGCAAGCCGGGUUUCCUUCCCUGGUUCGCUGUGCCCCUCGACCUUGUGAGCCCCCAAAGAUCCCCUUUGCCCAGAGAGGGGCCUGUGCUGGGCGAACUAAGCCCAGAGAGGGCUCUGAUGACUCACUUGCCUGCUGUUUCCCAUAUCAGCUACCUCUGGUCGUUAUGAAAUAAACCAGCCUUGUCAGA